AUGCACUCUACUGCGUGUUUGGCUCGUAUGUCGAAUUCUCUCCUAGUUACCCGGCUGCAAAUUUUUGCUCGAGGCUCUAGGGCAGUAUCCAGGCGGUAUGCUUCAAAUGUUGUGUCUGAGCUUCCAACAUCCCCUAGCACACGCUACUUGAAGCCUAUAUAUGACUUUUCUGCACAUACACAAUCCUCUGCGACCAAAAAUACUAUAGCGCUUGGCGAUGAAUACCUCCUUCCUGUCUACGCACGUCCUCCGUUCGUGCUUUCGCAUGGACGUGGUAGCUGGGUCUGGGACGCAGAUGGCCGAAAAUUUCUUGAUUUCAGCGCGGGCAUCGCAGUGAAUGCUUUAGGACAUGCGGAUCCAGGUGUCUCAGAGGUGCUCCAGCAGCAAUCGUCAACCCUUCUCCAUACCUCAAAUGUAUACUACAACGAGUGGGCGCCAAAGCUAGCGGAGCUUUUGGUGACGCUCACUGUCAAAGAAGGUGGACUAGGCUACGCCGUUGGCGGCACCUCACCGUCUUCUUCGGCCGCUAAGCAAGGGGCCAAGGUUUUCUUCUCCAACUCAGGCACCGAAGCGAAUGAAGGUGCUCUGAAGAUAGCUCGCAAAGUCGGAAAAGACCGCUGGGCCGCGGCCACUGGUGGAAAAGCGGACGAUCCAUCGUGUCCUAAAACGCGUAUCGUGUGCUUUGAGAAUUCUUUCCACGGUCGAAGUAUGGGUGCUCUGAGUGUUACUUCGACGGAGAAGUACCAGAUUCCUUUUCGACCGCUGAUACCUGGGGUCAGCGUAGGCAAGCUCAAUGAUAUGGAAUGCCUGCAUAGGCUCAUCAAUGAUGAUACCUGUGCGGUCAUUGUCGAACCCAUACAGGGAGAGGGAGGCGCCACUGCCGCAACAGAAGAAUGGCUGAGGGCUCUGCGAAAACGCUGUGACGCGACAGGAACAGUGAUGAUCUUUGAUGAGAUUCAAUGCGGCCUGUACAGGUCGGGAAAUCUUUGGGCACAUUCAACGUUGCCGAUUGAUUGUCAUCCUGAUAUCAUCACGAUGGCGAAACCGUUAGCCAACGGUUAUCCAAUUGGUGCCGUAUUACUUCGUGAUACCAUUGCAUCUACAAUGACACCAGGCACUCAUGGGACAACGUUUGGAGGGUCACCCACGGCUUGUGCAGUUGGACAUCAUGUUCUGAACCGCCUAAGUGAUCGUGUGUUCGUUACCCAUAUGAGGGAGAUGAGCGUGUACCUGAACAGCCGGCUGGAAGUUUUGCCGAAAUGGUUCUCAGCGAUAUUGCAGCCUCACGUGCGCGGUCGUGGUUUCAUCCGAGGCCUUGGAUUCAAAGAUGUCUCACAUCCUGGAGAAGUGGUGCAACUGGCACGGGAGCGUGGGGUGUUCCUGCUGACUGCUGGAAAAGAUGCCGUACGUCUCGUGCCCUCUCUGAAUGUCAACAAGGAAGAAGUGGAUACAGCUAUGGACGUGCUGGAAGGGUGCCUGUCAUCUUUGCGGAGUUCAUAA